CACUUUUCUCUGACUUUAGGCUCUGAAAGGUUUCUGCAAACAUCAGGAGGCGGCUGGUCACCAUGGAUACAGCAGGAUGGGCUGGCAUCUCCGAUGAUAGCUGAACAGAAACUGAUCAACUCAGAUCUCAAUGUUUGGAUUCGACGCGCACGAGCUCUAAGGGUUAAUUAGGGCUUGGAGGAAGAGGAGGAAGAGGAGGAGGAGGAGGAGCGUCGCGCAGCGGCUCCGUCAGUCGGUCGGUAAGAGCUGAGGAAGAGGAGGCAGCUGUUCCUUCAGCUGCGGUCAUGUGACUUUUUAGAGAAGAUGUUUGGCCUUAACAGAGCUUCCAGUGGGCAGGAGGUCUGAGGAGAGGCAAAGGAUCAUGGGAGAUGGAGGGCCUUUGCAGACCGAGGGGAAUGCCCUCCUCAAAGCCGUCUUCCAGGGGAAGCUGCGUCUCGCCCGGUUACUUCUGGAGGGCGGAGCCUAUAUCAAUGAAGGCAACGAACGAGGAGAGACACCAAUAUCUGCUGCCUGCCUGGGGAGCUAUGACGACCCACAGACCCGCCAACGGAUGGUUCGGUACCUGCUGGAGAAAGGGGCCGACCCUAACAUCCCUGAUAAGAGCGGGCGCACGGCGCUGAUGCACGCCUGUGCUGAGCAGGCAGGGAAGGAAGUGGUGUCACUGCUGCUGGAGAACGGUGCAGAUCCCAGCCUCAAAGACUAUUCUGGCGCCUCUGCUCUUGUCCACGCCAUCAACAGGGGAGAUCGCGAGACCCUGCAGGUGUUACUAGAUGCCUGCAAGGCCAAAGGCAAAGAAGUAAUCAUCAUCACCACCGACACUUCUCCAUCAGGCACCAAGAAGACUAAACAGUACCUGAACUCACCUCCCUCCCCAUGCAUUGUGGACAAACUGUCUCCCGCCUGUAUGUCACCUUCAGAUGUAGAGAUCGGCACUUCGUCGCCAGCAGGAGACAAGAGCAAGGAGGGGAUCUUCAGUUUUGCACUCACCUCAGCAUUACCCCUCCCAUCAGCACGGCCUCCAGGUGAGAAAAGGCCCCCUCCUCGAAAGCUCCUGAAGAGGCUGAACUCCGAGCCUUGGGGCCUGGUGGCGCCCUCCAUGUUAAAUGAAGUUCCUCAGGACAGAUUGGCUCAGGGUCUGGAAGAGGAGGGCAGCACAGACGUGAGCAGGAUGGUCUCUGAGAUGAAUGGCCUGUACGUCUCAGACCCGCUGCGACCUCGGUUGUCACGGCGACACAGCAUUGAGACCCAUGACCCCUGUUCACCUAAACCCAUCGACCGGUCCUGCUCUGAGGACUGCACAGGUCUUUCUGCCCCUUCUUGGGCCGACAAGGUCCAGCAGCACCAGAUCCUAUACCGCAGAAAUACAGCUCCAGAGCCACAGGAAAAUGCUGGGGGGCCAGUGGCAGUGGCACCCCGUGUUCUGGCACACCCUAAACUUACCCGGAUGGAACACUAUGAGUCAGACACCCAUCUGUGUCCAGAGUCCAUCCCUGGAUCUCCAGACUCUGGACGGGUGUCUGUGGAGCGUCGAAGAUACAAUGCCUCCCCCCUCACCCUGUUGACCAGCUCAUCCAGGGAGUCUCUGGAGAACAUUCCAAACUCUGUGUCCCCCAUUACUAUGCGCAGGCGCCAGCCCGGUCUCCUGGAACGUCGGGGCUCUGGAACACUGCUGUUGGACCACAUUUCCCAUACCAGGCCUGGCUUUCUGCCUCCUCUUAAUGUGAACCCCCAAAGACCCAUCCCUGAUAUACGGGCCAACGGAAAGCCCACCUCACCCGUCCACUGCGGACACAAGAUCCUGGUACCCAUGGCCCCAACCUCACCCAAAAGGGGCCUUGAGUUUAAGAUGAAGAAGAAGCUGAUGAGAAGACACUCGAUGCAGACAGAGCAGAUGAAGCAACUCUCGACCUUCCAGGAGAUUCUGGCUGAAAAGGUUGUUGAGUCAAAUGGGGAUUGAUUACAGGAGGACGCAAAGCAUAGUAGGUAUCGACAUCCUCUUCACCGCUGAGGGAGUCCAAACAAAUUUCUGGUGUCUAAAUAAGAUGGUAACAAACAGCAGCUUGGCCGGAACCCCUUGAUUGGACCAGUUUUAGUCUCUGUGAGGUUCAGGUUAAAGGUGAAGUUCUGAUCCAUCGGUAUGUCCCCUGCAGCAAUCAGUGAUCCCAGUUUGGAGAAUCAGUAGUGAUGGUGGAUAUGAUAACCAUGUGCAGUAAAGUCUGGUUUAUGCUCAGACUCCAGGUCGUCUGCGUGUGUGUCGCAGUUAACGCAGAUAUGCCCCACCCCCUUCUGCAGACAUUCUGGUGAACCUCCCCAAAAUUGUAGGUGACCAC